AUGGUCGUCUUUGCAGCCCCACAGCUCCGCGAAUAUGAGGCGCUGUGCAACGAUCCCAGCAGCUUCGACGGCCGCGCGCGCACGGACGAAGCAGUGGUGAAAACAAGACAUCCAGGCGAUCGCGUGGCGACUCGGGCGGGCGGUUCUAGGAGUGGGAUUGGACGCGCUCGGCUCCAGCACCCCUUUAGAGCAAUUUUCGAGGCUGCGCAGCGUCAUGGAUCGAUUGUCGUCACCUCCGCAUCGUUUCGUCGCAGGUCAAAAAGGGUAAUCACACUACUCUCUCACCGCGACGUCAAGCCGGAGAACGUGCUCCUCGUGGCCCGGGGCGGCGGCUUCUGGGACGUCCGCGUGAAGCUCUGCGAGCUGGGCCUGUCGACGCGCGUGCGCGCGGCCCAGGAGGCCCCGGCGCCGUCGCCGGCAUGCGUGACGGCGACACUCGGCGCGAGCGAAGCACAGGAGCCGAAAAGGCCCAGUGAAGCUAAGAAUCUCAUUUCGCUAAAGGCAAAUAAUGGGGAUGACGAGGAGGCAACGAUUGAUGUGGAUGAGGAAACGGCUGUCUCGAUUUUCGUGCUCCAGAUAAACGAAUUGGCACAAGGUUUAGACCAAGCAACGAGGGACGAGAUUUUCUCGAAAGGACGGGCAAUAACCGACAAGGUCGUGGAAAUACUGGCAAACAAUGCUAUAAGACAGGAUGCGUUAAACAGGGAGAACGAGGAGAGGACGCAUAGACAUUGUGAAUGGUAUAUCCCAAAGUCUAAAAGAACUCUAAAAGACAAAAUUGACAUUCGCAGAGAUAAUGUCGCUAAUGGAUUUUCGCCCGAUGACUCAGACGAAUCUGACUGGGACAUUGAUGAUGAUAAAAAUGUUGUGUCACCAGAUUGGGAUGACGGAGCAUAUGAGGAGGGAAAAAAGGAUGACUCGCUAACUUGGCAAUAUUACGCAUCACUUUGUUUCUGCGUCGGCAACAAAGGGGUGAGGGUCAGGACACGCAGGGAACUGACAACACUCAAGACAGCGACUUUGUGCCAGACUCGCAAGAACCAGCGGACAGUGACUGAAAAUGUGUUUUUUGUGUAUUUGUGUAUUUGUGUAUUUGACCCUGUGAGUGACACCGUCCAAAUUUGA